CCAAGGAAAAGGGGUGGUGCUAGGAGCUGAUUGCGGCGGAGCGCGGCUUCUGCAGAGGACAAGGAACGCCCUUCUGCAGGUCUGACUUCCAUCAAAAUGAGCGGCCUGGAGGUGGGCAGCAAGCUCCCUCUCGCCCCAACCGCCACUCCGGACCAGGCCCCAGGAGAUCUGGCCCUAAAUCAGUGCCAGGGGCUCCGCGAGGAAACCGAGUCGGCACAGGAGAUGGCGGAGACAGGUGAGGGCCGUUUGGAGGCCACUGCGGAGGGAGGUGCACCCCGGGAUUCCGUGGACUGUAGCCCCGCACUCAGCGUCCGAGUUGCCGGGAGCCUCAGCCUUGCAGCCACCGGAGGGGGACUCGAAGAUGCUGUACCUCCUUCGAAGGGCCCGGAAGCAGUCUCUGUCUCUGUGGGAGCUGACAACAGCCAGAAAAAUGGCUGUCAGCUCGGAGAGCCGCGUAGCCCUGCGGAGCAGAAGGCUCUGGAAGGCUGUGGCGCAGGGGCCUGGGGGUCUCAGGUGAAGCCUGGGGUGAAGGCCAAGGAAGUGACGACUAAGAAAUGCGCCAUCUCGGCAGCAGCGGAAAAGGAGGGAGUAGCAGAGGCGGUGAUGGAGGAAAAGAAGGUGGUACAGAAGGAAAAAAAGGCAGCUGGUGGAGGGAAAGAGGAGGGACGACCCAGGGCCCCGAAGAUCAAUAACUGCAUGGACUCGCUGGAGGCCAUCGAUCAAGAGCUGUCAAAUGUAAAUGCCCAGGCUGACAGGGCCUUCCUCCAGCUAGAGCGCAAAUUUGGCCGAAUGCGAAGGCUCCAUAUGCAGCGCAGGAGUUUCAUUAUCCAAAAUAUUCCAGGUUUCUGGGUCACUGCUUUUCGUAACCACCCUCAGCUGUCACCUAUGAUCAGUGGUCAAGACGAAGAUAUAAUGAGGUACAUGAUCAAUUUGGAGGUGGAGGAACUUAAACACCCGAGAGCAGGCUGCAAAUUCAAGUUCAUCUUUCAGAGCAACCCAUACUUCCGAAAUGAAGGGCUAGUCAAAGAGUACGAGCGCAGAUCCUCUGGCCGAGUUGUGUCUCUUUCCACUCCAAUUCGCUGGCACCGGGGCCAAGACCCCCAGGCCCAUAUCCACAGGAACCGGGAAGGGAACACUAUCCCCAGUUUCUUCAACUGGUUCUCAGACCACAGCCUUCUAGAAUUUGAUAGAAUUGCUGAGAUUAUCAAAGGGGAACUGUGGUCCAAUCCUCUACAAUACUACCUGAUGGGUGAAGGACCCCGAAGAGGAAUUCGAGGUCCACCACGACAGCCUGUGGAGAGUCCCAGGUCCUUCCGGUUCCAGUCUGGCUAACUUCUGCCCUGUGAAAAGCUCCUGCACAAGUUUCCUUCCCAUUAUCUAUUCUUGGCCAGCAGCAUGCAGCCUUCUGUCUGCUUUUUCAUUGUACUGAAUUAGUUUGUCCUUCAGUUCUAAGUUUUCAACAAUUUCAAGAUGGUUGCUUACAUGCCUAUGCUAUUCUUCUGGCCCUUCAAGCUGUUCUGCAUUGUAUGAACAUGUUACAAGCGCAUGGCCUUCUACUGCUUCUAUGCCACGCUCAUGAUGUUGUAGAUAUGUACUGCCUUCUUUGCAUGGCUUGGGUCCUGUCUGUGACCAUGGUCUUCUCCCAGGUCUUUUAGUGGUUCUCUAUCACAAGGAAGCUUGACACUUCUUUACAAAUAACUAGCCACACUUUAUGCUUGUGCUCCUAAUAUCCAUGUACUAUGUGUUUUUGAGUUUCGCCACUGCAAGAUAAAACUGAAAUCUCAGCCCAGCCAUCAACCCAAACUGGACAUUCCAGGCUACCACUUACUGGAUCCCAGCUGCUUUCCUGGGCCUUUGCUAUCUAACCUGCUGGUUAUCUGGUAGAACAAACAGGUGGCUGGUGGGUAACUGCUCCACACAAAUGAAGUAACCUAAGAGGAACGGUCUUGUACUUUUGGUUAUUGUGUAUCGCAAUCAGCUACUGGUGAGUAUGAAGACCUGUGCCCACCAACAGUACUUGCUCUCUGCUGGUGGAGCUCUGCACAGGCCACCACUGCCUCAUCAUGAACUAUCUAUGGACCUAAGCUCCUAAGCAACACAUAGCAACCCCCAUACUCACCACUAUUACCCAUAAACCCAAUUAGUUGUCAGGCAAGUUGAGUAGUGAUGUGGGAGUGCCUUAAGCAAGGUGGAAUGGUUCUUUUUAGUAGCCUUUCUUGGCCCUAGCCAAUAAACCACCAUUAAUGCAGGUGCCUUUGUUUGGCUACCCCACUUUCCCUUCCACACCUCCUCUGGACAUGAUGAAGUUGCCAGGGUAGGGCACUGAGGAAGAGAUUUUUCUGGAAUGUGGGUCUUGUUAUGCCUCUCACUCUUCCCCCAUCUCUCCUUUUCUCCUCCCUCCCUCUCUGAAGCAGUUACCACUCAGAGACCGAAACCAAACUGGCAGAGUAGGCUUUUUGGUUGUGUCCAGAAAGAGAAAGAUUUGUAAAAUAGACUUCAGAUCUCUGCCCUUAUUUCUUGAUCUCACUUUUGGCAAGGUCUCAAA